GUGCCCAGGGAAAUGUUUCAAGCUUUCCCCGGAGACUACGACUCCGGCUCCCGGUGCAGCUCCUCACCCUCUGCCGAGUCUCAGUAUCUGUCUUCGGUGGACUCCUUCGGCAGUCCACCCACCGCCGCCGCCUCCCAGGGCGCAGUUUCCUUCCCCCAGUUCGUCCCCGGAACCCGUGGUUCUUCAGCGUUAGGGUCUCUUUUAUGGGCUUCUAGAGGCUGAGCGAGAGGAUUCCAAUCGCGAAAGGAGCGAUCCGCUGCGAAACAAUGAGUCCGCACGGACCUUGCAAAGAUCCUGUCCCUCCGCUCUCUGGGUCAGAGGGUGUCUGUGUGUCGGGAUUUCUUUGGGAGACAUGGUGACCGUCACCCGCUUCUCCAGGCACACACAGGCAUAUUCCCACUCCCUCUACUCCGGACGCCCGGUGUCUCCGGCGUGUCUGAAGACGGGACUAGAACCGCUAACCCUAGGGGAACCAGCCAGGUGGUCUCCUGGAGCCCCGCCCCCUCUGGAUUUCCAGGACGUUGAUUGGCCACCGUGCCAGCCCAUCCCUCACCACGCCCCCUGGGAGAGUAGUUAAGCCUUCCGAGCAGUUCUAGGAUUACAUUUGGGGGGUGGGGGGAGAUGAGCGCUGCUUGGGCUUGGGGUCUCAGGACCUACACCGUUCCCCCUCCGCUGCAGUCUAAGGGAGCCCGGCUCCUCACUUUCUCUACUUGUCUGCUCAUCGUAACCUGUCACUUAUCAGUCUCACUCUGGGGAGAGACAAUUACUUGAAACGUUGUUCUAAACUCCUAGGCCCGUCCCCCAACACCCUUUUAACUGGGACCCCCGCCCCUGCAUGGGGUCUCAUGGACCCUCCCAAUCCCUCAUCCCUUUGCUCAGAGGGGUGUGUAUCUGUGUGUGAGUGUAGAGGAAGGCUUGGCCUAAGGCCUCUCCCUCUCCCUCCCCUUGCCUCUGGGGUGGGGGUGGGGUGUUGUGGCUGUGUGUGUGGCUGUGACUCCAUCCCGGGGGUUCUGUCACCGGCUGUGUCCAGCCUCCUCCCCACCCCCCCACACCUAAGAGUCACCAACCCGGGGUGUGAUUCACCACCCGCUGGAACCGUGCAACCUUUCCCCGAGGAAGAAGGAGGAGGUAGAAGCCAGUUGCACAGAAAUCCUCUCAUUAACCACUGCGUCACGGUGUAGUGGAAGGGUGGGUGUUGUGGCUUUUUGCCUGUGACACACACAUCCACACCCGCUCGCCCUGUGCUCACUCACGGGGUCGGUGUGUGUAUGUGUGUUGGGUGUGUGUGUGUCGGUGUCUCUGUUUGUGUGUCUACGCCUGUGUGUGUAUGUGUCACCCCGUAGGAGUGCGCCGGUCUUGGGGAAAUGCCCGGUUCCUUCGUGCCCACGGUCACCGCGAUCACAACCAGCCAGGACCUCCAGUGGCUCGUGCAACCCACCCUCAUCUCUUCCAUGGCCCAGUCCCAGGGGCAGCCACUGGCCUCCCAGCCCCCGGCCGUCGAUCCCUACGAUAUGCCAGGAACCAGUUACUCCACUCCGGGCAUGAGUGGCUACAGCAGUGGCGGAGCAAGUGGCAGUGGUGGGCCUUCCACCAGCGGAACCACCAGUGGACCUGGGCCUGCCCGCCCAGCCCGAGCCCGGCCUAGGAGACCCCGAGAGGAGACGCUCACCCCAGAGGAGGAGGAGAAGAGAAGGGUUCGCCGAGAACGAAACAAACUGGCAGCAGCGAAGUGUAGGAACCGGCGGAGGGAGCUGACUGACCGACUCCAGGCGGAGACAGACCAGUUGGAGGAAGAAAAGGCAGAGCUGGAGUCGGAGAUCGCCGAGCUCCAAAAGGAGAAGGAACGUCUGGAGUUUGUGCUCGUGGCCCACAAACCGGGCUGCAAGAUCCCCUACGAAGAGGGGCCUGGGCCGGGCCCGCUGGCGGAGGUGAGAGAUUUGCCGGGGUCAGCAUCCACUAAGGAAGAUGGUUUCAGCUGGCUGCUGCCGCCCCCGCCACCACCGCCCCUGCCCUUCCAGACCAGCCAAGACGCACCCCCCAACCUGACAGCUUCUCUCUUUACACACAGUGAAGUUCAAGUCCUCGGCGACCCUUUCCCCGUUGUUAACCCUUCGUACACUUCCUCGUUUGUCCUCACCUGCCCGGAGGUCUCCGCGUUCGCCAGCACCCAACGCACCAGCGGCAGUGACCAGCCUUCCGACCCCCUGAACUCGCCCUCCCUUCUUGCUCUGUGAACUCUUUAGACACAAAACAAACAAACACACAAGGGAGAGAGAUUUGGAAGAGGAGGAGGAGGAGAGAGAGGGAAAGAGACAAAGCCGGUGUGUGGCCUCCCUGCCUCUCCUGUCGGACCCUCUGCUACCACUGCCAUCGGACAGGAGGACUUCCUUGUGCUUUGUGCUGCCUCUUGUUUCUCUGGCCUGGCGAGGCCAGAGAGCUGGUGACUUUGGGGACAGGGGAUAGGGAGGGGAUGGACACCCCCAGCUGCCGGUUGGCUCACUCACUUCAACCCAAGCUCUGGGGAUGGGGUGGGGGGUGGGGGGUGAUGCCCACCUUCGGGCAAGAGGGAACGGGGUGCAGGCGGUGGGCGGUGGGGUGGGCUGGAGUCCUUUCCAGAGAAGCCUAACAAGGAAACGCCACAGAGCUCCCCCACCCAGGGUCGCCCACACCCACCCUUCAAGGGGUAACCAGGCUGGUUCUCCCUGCUCCCCCGACCUUAGCCUAUGUAUCCAACAUUUCCAUGUGGUUAGAGCUUCCUCUGAAUUGAGCCCCCCUUUAAAGGGAAGCUGAUGCUCCCCUAUGAUAAUCUCCUUCCCCCCACCCAGACUUAGUCUGAAAUGUGAACCUCCCUCCCUGACCGUCCAGCUGCUCUUCCCAGCAAAACUGGCUCUGGUUUAAAACUCCCGCCUCCUAAGGAUGCCCCACGUUCAAACCCCAGCCCUCCGGUCUGAUUACAGUAUUAUUCCCCUCUCCCCACCUUCAGCCUCCCCUCCUGGCCUUCCUUGUUGGGCCUCUCUGAUUCAGGCAGCAGGGGGCGAUGUGAUGCCUGACCUGCUGGAGAGUUUUAUACUGUGAAAUGAGUUGGCCGGAUCGUGGGGGGAGAGAACUCUUGCGGAGGGAUUGUACCCCUACUCCCCAAAGCCUUUCCGUGGUUUCCCCUACCCUCCCACCACAUGCCUCCUUCCUCCCCUCAGAGUGAGUUAGACUCAAGGGGGUGACAGAAUGGAGAGGGGUGUGACCGUUAUCCAUCCGCGUGGCCCCUCUUCUCCCCCCAGACCAAUCCCUGGCCUUUUUCUGCAAGGUCUGGAACCCCAACCCAGCCUAGGACGCCAACUUCUCCCUCCCCUCGGCACCCCACAUCCUUUCUAGAAAGGAAGCAGGGGAGAUUGCCAGAGGGCCCGACAUUUGUCUGGAGAUUGAAAGGCUGAGGCUUUGGCCCCCACCCUCCAUAUUUUUGGACUGGCAAACUCGAAGGGGCUGGGCUCCCGCCACCCCAGCUUCCCCCCAGCCCCAGCCCCGAUUCUUGGUUUUGGCUCCUGCACCCCGCCUUCCCUUGUGCUUCAACUCAUGAGAAUUUUAUCAUGAGGCCAAUGGAUUUUUUUUUUAAUAUCGGGUGGGUCACGCCGCCCUCCGUGCUGCAUGGAAAACAUUCCACCGCCCCGUCCCGCGGCUCCCGCCCCGAACCCAGCCCCACUCCUGUGCCUAUUUAUCCAUUUCCUGGUUUCCGAAAGGCACUUAUAUCUAUUAUGUAUAAAUAAAUAUAUUAUAUAUGGGUGUGUGUGUGCGCGUGUGAGUGUGUGAGCGCUUCUGCAACCUUGGCCUAGGUCACGUUGGCCCUCAAAGCCAUGCCAUUGAAUUGGAAACACUGCUUCUGGAGACUUUGAGACAGCUUGUCUCUGGCUGUCUCUCUCUGUAGCUGUCUCUUUUCUAACUGUCUCGGCCCUUCUGGUUGUUUCUGGCCGUCUCUGGCUGCCUCCUUCCCGCUCCGUCUUUCCUUGUCCUGUCUUUACCAGACCUUUUCCAUCUGUCUCCGUCCUGAGGUCCCUGAUCCUCCAGCCGUCUCCCAACUCUGGGUUCGUUGGGGACCUGAGAUUUUAUUUUUGUGAGUAAGCCUGAGGGAUUAUAGAUUUUCACAAUCUGUAUCUUUGAGAAUUCUGGGUGUGAGUGUGAGACUGUGAGCAGGGCCUGCCCCUGCAGACCACCAUUUAUUGACUCCCCAACCCCCACCCCCAUGCUGUAUUUGUGAUUUUCUUUGUAUUUUGCACCUGACGCCCGGGGGGUGCUGGGGCUGGCUGGCACUGGGCUGCUACCCUCCCCCUCGUGGUUCUGCACUGUCGCCAAUAAAAAGCUCUUAAAAAUG